AUGUUGAACACCGAAGAUAGCAGAGCAGUUUUGCGGACUGCUUUCAAACCGCACGAGUUUGACGAGAAACGACAGCAGGAACUUGGACCAUCCACACGCCGGGCGAUCAAGAUUCUUCAAAAAUUGGAGAAGGACUUGGAUGAGCUAUCGUCACCGUCGUUGAUGGGGGAACUGGCGCACCGUCGUCAUUUCGAGAUGGAAGCCAAGUUCUCGGAAGCUGUUACCAUCCAAUCCGGCGAUGAAUACGGUGCCAAGGGUCGCAGACUUCAGAAGGCGAUCCCGUUGGGCAUCUGGAACUGCUUGUCGGGCCGGAUGGACGUCUACGUCAGGCUAGCUCAAGUUCAGGGCGAAGUGAUGGCGAGUGGAGACGCCAUUUGGUUUCCCCACGGAUACCCUGGGGAUGAAGUUCAUGAACAGGACCAGCAGCUGUUGAAUGCAACGCUCGAAACAUCGUUGCAGGAAGUAGUAGAGCUCGGAGUUGAAAUAAAGAACGAGAGCGACGACGAUCUUCUUCCUCUGCCUGAACUGGAGUUCAUUAACGAACCAGGAACAUCAUCAGGUACAACUUCGCGAAAACCGAAGAAGAGAGUUCGUCGGAACGCGGUUUCGAAGUCGGCGAAGAAGACAUCUUCCCUGCGAGUAACGACUACAACGAAGGCGAACAAGCGGUCACGCCAGAUCGUGAAGGAAGUUGUCUCCUCGGAGUCUGAUGAGUUUGAAACGCCGGACAGCGAACUGCUCGAUAUCAUGGAGGAAGAAGUCGUCGAACCGAAGAAGAAGAAGCGAAACGCUCGACAUCACUAG